CCAAAUAUGGCCACCGCGGGGCGUGGGACUCACGCCCAUACAUUCACGGAAACUUCUGCCUAACGGCGAGGACGAGCUGGGAGACCAGAACCCACCAAGAGAUUGACACGUUCCAACAGAGGGAAAGAGCCUGACAGGACCCCAGCACAGGACCCAGCUGAAAGUCGUCUUGCGGUCCUAGACUCACAUAGACCUGACUGACCCACCAUGCCGGUGACCUGGUUCCCAACAUCCCAGCUGCUGUGGGUGCGCAUCGCUGCGGUGCUGUUCACCUGCACCGCUUUCAGUCUUGUAGCACAUAAAGGCAGUCUGCCCCACGGAGGUAUGGCGGACUGGUGCAUCUUCAGCUGGGCUUUCAGCUUCGCCUGUACCCUGCUGGUCCUGCUGGUGGAGCAGUGCAGCCUCCAGUCCCGAAUCCCUGUCUCCUGGUCCAACUUCCCCAUCACAGUCGCCUGCUACGCCUCCCUCCUCUGCCUCUCGGCUUCUAUCAUUUUCCCUGUGUUUUUUCUCAGGGGCCAGUAUCUCACCCAGGAAAUCAGCGAUCAUCGCAUCGCGUCCACGGUCUUCUCCUGCCUGGCAACAGUUGCCUACAUGGUGGAGGUGAGCUUGUCCAAGGCCAGGCCAGGAGAAGUGGCGGGUUACAUGAAAACUGCUCCAGGUCUGAUGAAGGUGUGCCAAACCUUUGUGGCCUGCAUUAUCUUCAUGCUGGUCAGCGACCCCGUGUCCUUUGACCACCACCCGGCCCUGAAGUGGUGCAUGGCAGUGUACUGCAUCUGCUUCAUCCUCUCCAUGGCCGUGGUGGUGCUGUGCGUGGGAGAGUGCACUGGCUGCCUCCCCGUACCCUUCUCCAAGUUCCUGUCGGCCUACGGACUCUUGGCCGUCAUCAUGUACCUGACGGCCACCAUCCUCUGGCCCAUUUUCCAAUUCGACAAGAAGUACAGCAGGUGGGGAGACCAGACAAAACUGAUCGCCGUGGCCAUCCUCACUGGUCUCAACUUCCUGCUGUACCUUGCCGAUCUGGCCUACAGCGCCAGGCUGGUGUUUGUCAGCACCUGAGCAGAUCGGAGACAAAGGACACAUGGGAGAAGUCGGGGGGACUGAUGGUGAAUUCAUGACAGAAGGCACAUAAGUCCUCUAAAUGUUAGAUUGUUCUAAGUCCCAAAAACGUGUUUGUUUGCAUAAUCACAUUGCUGCCUUCCAGUAUUUUCUGAUGCAUUUCUAUCGUGUCUGAAGCAAGUAUCACACAAACAUGAAACAUUUAGUGUGUUUUUGUUCCACUGUGAAACCAAAAGGAAAAAAAAAAGGGUCAACGCACUGGAACACAAAGGAAUACCAACAGCGUUUGGACGCUUAUCAUAACCAUGCAGUGUUCAUCUGUUAUACUUGUUACUGCCUUUUAUAUUUAAAUGUUUGUGACUUUAUGUUUGCUGAUCAAAAUAAAGUAACGUGACGGAAA